CUGAAAAUAAAGAACUCCUACCCGGAUGCUGUGGUGCUUUUCCGGUUGGGAGACUUUUACGAGACCUUCGACGACGACGCGGAAUUGGCAUCACGCGAACUGGAGAUUACCUUAACUUCUCGAACAAUGGGCAAGAACCUCAAGAUUCCAAUGGCUGGCGUGCCGGCCCAUGCCUUAGAAACAUACUUGGCUCGCCUGGUAAAGAAGGGUCAUAAAGUCGCCAUUUGCGAACAAUUGACAGAUCCAGCCAAAUCCCGGGGACUGGUAGAACGGGAUGUAGUCCGAGUGGUUACCCCCGGAACAAUAUUAGAAGCUUCCCUGCUGGAACAGGACUCUAACAACUACCUGGCUUCCGUCGUAGAGGAAGGCGACCAAGUAGGAUUGGCCUACGUGGAUAUUACGACCGGCGAGUUCGCUGCCACUCAGAUUGACAGGGCCAGGCUGCUCCCGGAGCUGGAACGGAUCUCUCCUGCUGAGAUUCUGGUUCCGGCAGGCGAAGACCCUCCAGUCUGGUUGCCCUCAGCAAGACGAGAGUCCUCCUCCAACCACUCCGCCCAAGAUUUCGAGGCAGGCUUUCCCCUGACGCAUCUGAAUCCGGCGUCUUUCGAUCUGGAUUUAGCUUCUGAUGCUUUGUUAACUCACUACGGAAUUCAUACGCUGGAAUCCUUUGGGUGCGAGGGGAUGCCCUUAGUUGCCAGGGCCGCCGGCUCCAUAGUGGAUUAUCUUUCCCAGACCUACAAGACAGUCACGCCCAGGCUUUCAAGUCUCGCCGUCUAUUCGUCGGAAACCUUCAUGGCCCUGGAUGUGCAAACUAGGCGUAAUCUGGAAUUGUUCCAGAGCGGGCGCUGGGAGAACCGCCAGCUGUCUCUGUUCGCGGCAUUGGAUAUGACUCGCACUCCAAUGGGAGGUCGACUGCUGCGUCGCUGGCUGGGUCAGCCCCUGCUGGACAGGGAAGAGCUGGAGCGUCGCCUGGAUGCCGUGGGAUAUUUUGUUAAUGAGUCUAUUAAGCGUGCCAGGACAAGGGACAUUUUGUCGGAAGUUUCUGAUCUUGAACGAAUCCUUGGGCGGGUACAGACCGACACCGUGGUUCCCCGGGAAUUGAUAGGUCUAAGGACUGGGAUUGAAGCGGCGGACCCACUGAGUGAAGCCCUUAAAGGGCAGGAAGCAGAAAAGGUAGACUGGUUGCAGGGGCUGGUAACAUCUGUCCCUGAUGUUGUCUCGUUAGUCGAAAGAGCCAUAAAUCCUGAACCUGCGGGCAGUGUGGGAGAAGGUAACACUAUACGAGAAGGGUUCUCGCCCGAAUUGGAUGAGCUGAAGUCUGCAUCCAGCAACGCGCGUUCCUUCAUAGCCGCUCUUGAGCAGCGGGAACGGGAACGAUCUGGAAUACGUAAUCUGCGAGUUGGGUACAAUCAGGUCUUUGGCUACUAUUUGGAGGUGAGCAAGUCAAAUCUGGAGCAGGUUCCUGAGGAUUUCAUCCGCCGGCAGACCCUUGCCAACGGCGAACGCUACAUCACUCCAGAACUGAAAGAGUACGAAUCGCUGGUUCUGAACGCGAGAGAACGUGUCGAAGAACUGGAAAAGAGCCUGUUCAAACAAGUGUGCGCCCAGAUUGGAAAUUAUGCUGAUGUAAUCGGAAAACUGGCUGGCGCCAUUGCUUUGCGUUGA